AUUCCAUCGCGGCCGGUCGUAUCACCGUGUUCCCUUCUUUCAUAUUUGUUUACAACAAUCUUGUGCGUGAUUGUGAUUAUUUGAAUAGUGAUUACAUGUUUUAAUUAGACACCUUUUACUCUGCAACCAGUAUCCACCACAACCACAAUGGUAGCCAGAAACUUGUUCACCGUAAAUAGGACUUUAACAACAGUGAAACAGAGUUCAAAAUAUGCAAGUGUUGUGAUAAGGAAACAUAGUGUUUGGACUCAGGAUAGAGUGAUCAAAUCCCCUUUCAAAGAUGUUCAUAUACCUAAUUGUACGUUGUAUGAGUACAUUUGGCAGAAUCUCGAUAAAUGGCCCGAGAGGACUGUGUCUGUCUGUGCAGCGACCGGUAGAGGGUAUACCUACGAGCAAGCAUUCAAGUUGUCAAACAGAUUUGCUGCAAACCUUAGGACGAAAUUCAAGAUCCAAGAUGGAGACGCCGUGGCAGUGAUGUUACCCAAUAUUCCAGACUAUCCUCUGGUGUCUCUGGGGAUAUUGGAGGCAGGUGGAGUGAUUACCAGCAUCAAUCCCAUUUACACUGCUCAUGAAGUCCAACGCCAGCUAAAACUGUCUGCAGCAAAGAUGAUUGUCACAUUACCAGAGAUCGUACCAACUAUAAAGGAAGCUUUGAAGCUUGCCCAACUAGACAUUCCAAUAGUUGUAGUAAAAACUAAUGAUAGUCCAGUUCCUGAAGGGACUGCACUUUUCAACGAACUGAGUGAAGAUAUUCAUGCUAAUAAAUCUAUAUUAAAACAAGUAAGAAGGACUGCCAACGACGUUUGUUUCCUACCAUACUCUAGUGGGACUACAGGACUGCCAAAGGGCGUGGAACUCACCCAUAGAAACAUCAUAGCAAACUGCGAGCAGAUCAAUGAACCAAUUAUUGCUAUGCAUAGAGAAACAACAGCCACUCAUCAAGAUGUUGUGAUGGGUGCGUUGCCAUUCUUCCACAUCUACGCAGCGACAGUCCUCAUGUUUCACAAGAUGUCCGUCGGAGCCAAACUAGUUGCUUUAGCCAAAUUCCAACCUGAAGCAUUCCUGAGUUGCAUUGAGAAGCAAAAGACUAACGUAUUGAUGGUGGCGCCGCCUUUGAUUCUCCUAAUGGCAUCUCACCCAGCAGCCACUGCGAAGACCCUGGAACCUAUAGACGUCAUAUGUAAUGGAGCAGCUCCUUUAGCUGGUAGUGACGUGGAACGAUUAUUGAGACGGAUGCAGCGCGACGUAGACUUCAGACAAGGUUAUGGGCUGACUGAGACGUCUCCAACAUUAACAGUUACUCCUAAAGGGUUGAUCCGGUAUGAAGCAACUGGACCACCUGUAGCGAAUACCGAGAUGAGGAUCGUGGACUCGGAUCUCAAGAACUUGGGUCCUAAUGAGACCGGUGAGAUCCUUGUUCGAGGUCCUCAAGUGAUGCGAGGCUACAAAGACAACCCUGAAGCCAACAAGGAAACUCUCGUAGAAGGCAACUGGUUUAGGACUGGUGACUUGGGCGUCGCUGAUGAAGAUGGUAUUCUUGUUAUUGCUGAUAGGCUCAAGGAGCUAAUUAAGGUCAAAGGCUUCCAAGUGCCACCAGCAGAACUGGAAUCCGUUUUACGAGAACAUCCCUCGGUCAACGACGCAGCUGUCAUUGGAGUUCCUCAUCAAACCAAAGGAGAAUCACCAAAAGCCUUCGUAGUACUUAAGAAUGGUCACAAAUGUACUCCUCAGCAACUCAGCGAGUUUGUCAACGAGAAAGUAGCAGCUUACAAACAUGUGGAUGAUAUUACAUUUAUAGAGAGUGUCCCGAAAAGUGCAGCUGGAAAGAUUUUAAGACGAGUUCUAAGGGACCAGUACUGUUAGCAUAGGAAUAAUGAAGCAGGUUGUAUUUUCAAGGCAUUUAACAGUUGUGUGGAAAAGAGAUAGUAUUAUAUCCCAUCUUCUUUCCGCCAGUGGUUUUAAAAUGACUUGAAACUCCUGCAGGGUAAUAAGAUUUAUAUACAGUCAAUUUUAUAUGUUGUAAAUAGUUGUAAGGACGAAUUUUUCUGUUUAAAUGAAAAAUAUAUUUUUUUAUGAAUCAUGGUGCAAUAAUUGCUAUAGUGAACCGCAUGUCGAUAUAUGUGACAUUUUUUUUGUUAACCUGAUUUGUUUGACCUAAUUAUCAAAGAAUGAUUUUUUAAAUUUUCUUCUAUCUUACUGAACUCUUUCAGUGAUCAUCAUUUAUCAUCGUGUCUUUAGUAACUGUUGGAAAGAGAAAAAUU